GCCUCGGGUUUUCAACAAGCAAAGGUUUUCCUUUUUCCUUGAGUUUUCUCCUAACUUCCUUUUUCAGGGAGCGGAUAGUUCUGUAGACUUCAGCCCGCCAAUUCCGCCAAGUUUUAGUUUUGGCUUCGCUACGUCAUGCAAUCACCGUCAUGGUUCACUCUUAGGCAUGAGAUGGCAUUUAAGGAAUUGGCCGAAAAACAAAUAUGGUAAAGCUGCUUGGAAAAUGCACCAGUCGGGGCUAGAAUGAGAGGCAAACACGAUGAAAUCGCUAAGCUAAGCAUAUCGGGACUCUUAUAUAAAAGCCGAUGUACGCUGUUAGCGCUUUUGCCUGUUCAUGGCCGCCUACGCAAACUGCAAUAGACCGGAAGUCGCUCUAAAGGAGUACAAGACAGAAGGAACUUACUGCUGUCGAUUACAAGUUAAAUCUCUUCCGGGUUAUCUUGGUUUUUUUUUUUUAAGAUACGUUUCCGGUGGUGUGUCGGGGCAACAUCGUGUUCUGCAGCGGUUGCAACCAUGGACUGCUUUGGCAAGGUUUCGCCAAGCUCAGCUAGAAGAAGGAAAACUUAAGGAACGAAGACCUUUUCUUGCAUCAGAAUGUAAUGAAUUGCCCAAAGCUGAGAAAUGGAGAAGACAGAUUAUUGGUGAAAUUUCUAAGAAAGUGGCCCAAAUUCAAAAUGCUGGUUUAGGUGAAUUCAGAAUUCGUGAUUUGAAUGAUGAAAUUAACAAACUCCUAAGAGAGAAGGGGCAUUGGGAGGUCCGAAUAAAGGAGCUGGGAGGACCUGAUUAUGCAAGAAUUGGCCCUAAAAUGCUUGACCAUGAAGGAAAAGAGGUUCCAGGAAACAGAGGUUAUAAAUACUUUGGAGCAGCUAAAGACCUACCCGGGGUUCGAGAGCUUUUUGAAAAAGAACCCCUUCCUCCACCACGGAAAACUCGAGCUGAACUCAUGAAAGCUAUUGAUGCAGAAUACUACGGCUACAGAGAUGAGGAUGAUGGUGUCCUGGAACCGCUGGAACAGGAACAUGAAAAAAAAGUUAUUGCAGAAGCAGUGGAAAGGUGGAAGGUAGAGAGAGAAGCGCAUCUUGCAAGAGGUGACAAGGAAGAGGAGGAGGAGGAGGAAAACAUCUAUGCAGUAAAUGACAAUGAGUCUGAUGAAGAAAAUGGAAUGAAAACAGACAGUGAGGAUAGUCAGCAGAAGUUUAUUGCUCAUGUCCCAGUACCAUCACAACAGGAGAUUGAAGAAGCUCUUGUCCGAAGAAAGAAGAUGGAACUUCUUCAGAAAUAUGCCAGUGAAGCUCUUCUGGCUCAAAGUGAAGAGGCUAAAAAACUUCUAGGAUUAUAGUAAUUGCCCCUUCUAUUUUUUAUAAUCUAAUUUGAUUCUAUAGAAUCAGUAUCUUCUUGAUUCUAUAGAAAUAAGACUUUGCGAGUUCUAGAAUGAAGAUGGUCAUUUUUUCCAAAAUACAUUUUAUUACACAUUUUUCACUCUAUCCUAAUUUAUGAGAGAGUAUUCAUUUUCAGUUUCCACCUUCAAUCUCUAAAUAGCUAGCUUGUUUUGAAUUUAUCUUUGUCCACCUAUUUUCCUUUUUUUUAAUUUUACCUUAGUAAUAACUGUUAAAUUAGAAAGUAACAUUUUGUAUGUUUUUGUACUUUUGUAUGUUUUUGUACUUUUGUACAAAAGUGUACAAAAGUGAUUUUGUAUCACUUCAGUAGAAUGUUGAGUAGGUUUUAGAAGAUUUAUUAUAUUUAAUUUUGUUUAUCAUGUGUGAAUUUGUAAUUGUCAAACAUUUCUACAUCUGUGGAACAGUAUUUAAUUUAGAGUUUUCAAGAACUGAAAUGUUCAAUAUUGUUAAUAUGGAACUAUGUAUUAUGCUACUGGAAAAAACACUCACUUGGCUGGGUUUUUGAAAUGCUGAAUAUUUCAGCAAAUAAAAUUGUAAAUACUUUUUAUAAAAAUCUCUCCUUUUUUUAGUAAAAUUUUAUGUAGAUUUAACUGUUUAUUACUUUUGUUAAAAACACAAAAAUUCCUCAGCUAUGAAUAUAAUAAUUUAUAAAUAUUAUGAAUUCUAGAAACAUGAGUAUCAACAAGAUGAUUAACAAAAAAAAAUCUCAAACACUAUGUAAAAUUUUGUGUGUGUGUGUAAAAAAUUUUUUUUUCCAGGAACAGUUUGGAGGUUUAUGAAUGUUUUUAUCAUAGGCUUUUUACAAUGAUACCUAAAUACAGUAUAUUAUUAUAUAAUUAGUCCAAGUUAUACAGCAACAUGGACUUUCUAUAAUGUAACCCAUUUUUCUACUACCAAAUUAACAAGUGUGAUGCUAAUAUUUAGCAAUUGUAAGACAGAACAAAACACUUUUAAAGUAUUAGUCAAAUCAGUCUUCAUAUACUGUAUAUCGUAUUACUGAUAAGAAUGGAAUAUUUAAAUACAUUUUAUAAAACCAUAGCUAUAUAUAAACUUGGAGCAAAAUUUCAAAACUUGGAAUAAGAGAAAAAUAAUAUAAGAUUAUAGAUUUUAUGAAGAUGCACCCAUUAGUGGCAAAGCAGACAUACUGUAAUUGGCAAAGCAAAUUCUUUAAAGUCUAAACCCUUCCCACCAUGAUAAGUGAGAUUGACACUAGAGAUUUACAUAUUUUGUAAAUAUGUACAAAAUACUUUUGUAUGUUUUUGUACUUUUGUACAAAAGUGUACAAAAGUGAUUUUGUAUCACUUCAGUAGAAUGUUGAGUAGGUUUUAGAAGAUUUAUUAUAUUUAAUUUUGUUUAUCAUGUGUGAAUUUGUAAUUGUCAAACAUUUCUACAUCUGUGGAACAGUAUUUAAUUUAGAGUUUUCAAGAACUGAAAUGUUCAAUAUUGUUAAUAUGGAACUACGUAUUAUGCUACUGGAAAAAACACUCACUUGGCUGGGUUUUUGAAAUGCUGAAUAUUUCAGCAAAUAAAAUUGUAAAUACUUUUUAUAAAAAUCUCUCCUUUUUUUAGUAAAAUUUUAUGUAGAUUUAACUGUUUAUUACUUUUGUUAAAAACACAAAAAUUCCUCAGCUAUGAAUAUAAUAAUUUAUAAAUAUUAUGAAUUCUAGAAACAUGAGUAUCAACAAGAUGAUUAACAAAAAAAAAUCUCAAACACUAUGUAAAAUUUUGUGUGUGUGUGUAAAAAAAUUUUUUUUUCCAGGAACAGUUUGGAGGUUUAUGAAUGUUUUUAUCAUAGGCUUUUUACAAUGAUACCUAAAUACAGUAUAUUAUUAUAUAAUUAGUCCAAGUUAUACAGCAACAUGGACUUUCUAUAAUGUAACCCAUUUUUCUACUACCAAAUUAACAAGUGUGAUGCUAAUAUUUAGCAAUUGUAAGACAGAACAAAACACUUUUAAAGUAUUAGUCAAAUCAGUCUUCAUAUACUGUAUAUCGUAUUACUGAUAAGAAUGGAAUAUUUAAAUACAUUUUAUAAAACCAUAGCUAUAUAUAAACUUGGAGCAAAAUUUCAAAACUUGGAAUAAGAGAAAAAUAAUAUAAGAUUAUAGAUUUUAUGAAGAUGCACCCAUUAGUGGCAAAGCAGACAUACUGUAAUUGGCAAAGCAAAUUCUUUAAAGUCUAAACCCUUCCCACCAUGAUAAGUGAGAUUGACACUAGAGAUAUGGAUGCACUAGACUAGUGAGUUUCAGAAAGAAGCUGGACAUUGCAAAAUCACUAGAACUUUCAAGCAAACUGUUGCAUUUCUCCGAAAAUGUAGUUUUGUAAUUUGAAAAGUGCUUCUGAACCUGAAUUUUUUGGGGCAUAUCUGGGGGACAGUGAUUGCCAAAAUACCAUUUUGAAAAUAAAUGUAUUCUACUCAUAACCAGAAACCACAUAAAUACAAUGUGUAGAACAGGAUGAUCUGUAUUACUAGGAAAAACAAAACUAAAUUGAAUCCUGUAAGUUUAAGAUCAUUUAGAAGUGCGUGUGAAAAAAGCAGGAAGAGAUAGACAAGGAUAUGCAAGUGCUGAAGGAAUGUGGGUUGAAUACAAAAGUGAGCAACCUCUGCACUAAAUACGAUGAGUUUGUUAGAUGCAUAAAAUGAAUGGAGACUGAGUCACAAAACAAAUGUAUGAAGAAAGAAUGGGUGAACUAAGGAGAAAAAGACUGAAACUUGGGAUUGGAUGAAGUUUAUCAGAACCUCAGAAAAA